CCGUGUUUCUGGAGGCUUCCUGGGGGUGCGUGGAGACAGAGGGAGAGGUGGGGAAGAACGAAGAAGAACAGGCGCCAUCCGCUUCCUUCCUUCCUCCUUCCUUCCCCCUCUCCCCCUCCCCCGCCGCCGGCGCCUCUCCGCGCGUGCCGACAGGGCCUCGCGGGUCGCCGCGCCCGUACGUAGCGCGCGCGCGUGCGUGCCGGAGGAAUUAGACGUCUCCGGCGACGACGGCAUGGACGCUGGGGGAGAGAAGUGCGGCGACGCGGCGGCGGCGGCGCCCGGGGAGGCCGGCAGCGACCUUUACGCGGUCCUCGGGCUCAAGAAGGAGUGCUCCGACGCCGAGCUCAAGGUCGCUUACCGGAAGCUCGCCAUGAGAUGGCACCCGGACAAAUGCUCCUCCUCCAGCAGCGUGAAGCACAUGGAGGAAGCCAAGGAGAAGUUCCAAGAGAUCCAGAGCGCCUAUUCCGUCCUCUCCGACGCCAACAAGCGGUUCCUCUACGACGUGGGAGUAUAUGAUGAUGAGGAUGACGAGGAUAGUCUGCAGGGGAUGGGGGACUUCAUUGGUGAGAUGGCCCAGAUGAUGAGCCAGGCACGACCGACGAGGCAGGAAAGCUUUGAGGAGCUGCAGCAGCUGUUCGUGGACAUGUUCCAGUCUGAUCUUGAUUCAGGAUUCUGCAAUGGGCCAAGCAAGGGCCAUCAUGUGUAUGGGCAAGCCCAAAGUAGAACAUCCUCAACCUCACCUUCAUCAUCACCGUCUCCUCCUCCGCCUACUAAAGUAAUGGACGCAGAGGUGCCAUCAUGUAAUGGCUUCAAUAAGCGGGGUUCAUCAGCAAUGGACUCGGGGAAACCUCCAAGACCUGUGGAUGCUGGGGUGGGUCAGAGCCAGGCUGGCUUUUGUUUUGGGAUGAGUGACACGAAGCAAGUGCCGCAGACCAGAGGCCCGAACACCAGCAGGAGGAGGAACGGCCGGAAGCAGAAGCUGUCGUCGAAGCACGAUGUUUCAUCAGAAGAUGGCACCGCAGGUUCCCAGCACCAGCAGCAUGUAGUAGUUUGACCCGUGUUGUACUCAUUUGUUGGUCCUUGGCCGUGUCAAGGACCCUAUUGCAGCCAGCUGCUGGUAGGGCACAGCAUGUUGCCUUUGCCAGUUGCUGUGAUCGAAGAGGAGUUUAGAUGAUCGUAGGCCUUACCUUGAGACCUUCAUGUGAAACUCGUCGAUGCUACCGCAUUUUUCUUUCUCCAUCUGUGUUGCCUGCGUUGCACCAAGACAGUGACUUCCAAUUGAUUCAGUUCUUAUUAACAUCUA